AUGCGACUGCGUCUUCAUGACAUCUUGACCUGGGGUCAGCUGCUUCUCGCAUUGGUUGCAGCGCAGAAGAAUGUUAUCAACGAGACUGCCCUGGCGGAGCUCUCGCCUUGCGUUGUCCAAUGCGCCGCAGAAGUCAUCUCCAAGUACUCUUGCUUUCCCACAGACCCCUGCUUCUGCGAGGAUGAACAUCUCAACAAAGACAUUGUCCGCUGUGUCCUUGCGUGUCCCUUUGAAGAUCAACUUGCGGCCAGUCAUUUCCAAGGAUCGACCUGCCAGAGACCGGUUCGAAGUAUACAGCGACUGGCUCCCAUGUUCUACGUCCUCUACGGCACGGCGACGAUAUUCACAUUGGCACGGAUCAUCUCCCGCCUGCGUACGUUUGGCGGCGCAGGUCUCGGCUGGGACGACUUCACCGCCGUGCUCUCCUUCAUCCCCUUGACCGGUCUGACCAUCUGCGACUGGUAUACCAUCCACUAUGGAGGAGGAACAGACAUCUGGGGUUUGACCAUGCCGAAUGUCUACCGCUUCGUGUUUUGGUUCUACCUGGACCUCGUGUUUUACGUCCCCGUUCCAUUCCUCACCAAGAUCUCCCUGGUGUGCCUCUAUCUCCGAAUCUGGGAUUUCGAAUCCUCCUUCCGAGUGGCUUGUCGGAUCACGCUAGCUGUUCUCGUGGUUGCAUUCGUCGCCUUUCAAGUUGUUGUUAUUCWGCAAUGCACGCCCAUAGACUUUCAAUGGGCUCGCUUGAUUGAUGCCGAGAGAGUUGGAACCUGCAUCAAUCGAGAGGCAUGGGGCUGGAGCAUUGGAUUUGUCGUCAUCGCUCUCGACUUGUUGGUCCUAUUGCUGCCAUGUCCCAUUCUGCUGAGGCUGGAAGUUCCAACUACCAGGAAAAUCGGACUGUGUGCGGUAUUCCUCGUCGGUCUUGUUGUGACGACAUUCUCGUGUGUGCGUCUGGAUUUUGUCCGCGGCAUCGAAACAACUCCUAAUCCCACCAUGUUUUUGGGGUAUCUUGGAAUUUACAGCAAUGUCGAGGCACAUCUCAGUCAAAUCUGUUGUUGCAUGCCGACAAUACCGGGUAUCGUUCGACGCUCCUAUCGCUACGUGAGAGGCAGAACUGUGACUGAAAGCACUUCCUCGAUGCCUUUGCGAAAUUACCGGGAGACAACACCCAACCCAAAGCCUCUGCUACACCGUGACGACAGCCACGGCUCCGACAGAACCCGCACUGGUUCGAGAUUCUCCACCUUCUCCGAAAAGGAUACCUCACUUGCAUCUGCUCCUGCUCCAGUGAUACAUCGGUACUCAAGUCCAUUGCCGCGAGGUAAAGGUCCACCUGCAUUUGCAGUAAAUCGCACAAGUGCGUUUCCUCGUUACAUGAACCGUUUCUCCGAAACACAGGCGGUCUUCAGCAAGGAUUACAGAAACAAGGAACUACCCCAGCCAGGUCAUGAUCGAGAGGAGGAUGAGGAUGAUCUCAUCUUGAAUGAUGUUGAUCUGGCACUACCACCACCCGUACCGAGGAAGUGA